CCAAUGAAUGCUAGCUGCUGACGACGGCAAUGAGUAGCUAUAAUUAUACGUACGUAGCUAGCUAGCUAGCUGCUGACGACGGCAAUUCGUGCGCAUGCGCAAUGACUGAAGGGAACGGAUCAUGUCUAGCAUCUUUUCCCAGUUGAAAGGGUUCAACAGAGACACUCUAAAGAGUGUAGAAACACGCAUAACCACUGCAGACGGCAAAAAGUUUGUUGAGGGUCAGCGGGACGAGGCAGGGGUAAGAUCAGUGGAGGAGCAAGGGAACAGAGGUCUGGGGUUCUGUCCCGACCUCCAGCCAGAUCUCUCAGUGGGCGUGGCACAGGAGAGGCUCCUGGUUGGCUCUCAAGACGUGGCCCAUCAUCUGGGCACCCUUCGCCACCUGGGAGUCACUCACGUCCUCAAUGUGGCCUGGGGUGUCCCCAAUGCCUUCCCUGAUGAUUUCACGUAUCUGACUGUACCAAUGUAUGAUGAACCGUCUGAACUCCUCACAAGUCACUACUCGAGGUGUCGGCAGUUUAUCAAACAGGCUCACUCUGACGGCGGAACUGUACUAGUGCACUGGUUUUUCUACAGUGCCAUUGCCACUAUGUCCACUGCUGCCCACUGGUCCCUACAGUAAUGCAGGGGUCUCUCGAUCCUCCACGGUGGCUCUGGCCUAUGUGAUAGAAACCGAGAGGGUCUCCCUGGAACUGGCAUACGACAGACUGAAGAAGAGUAGACCAGCCAUUCAACCCAACCCUGGAUUCAUGAGCCAACUGGCAGACUUUCAGGAGCACCUCAAAAUACAAGAAUGAAUAUCAUUCUCCUUUUAGCUAUAUGUGUGUAAAAUCAUCCUUGUGAUUUUACGUUCAAAAUAUUUUGCUGAUAAUCAUUGCUGAAUGUUCCAGGCUUGACCAAGCUCUCUACGCUUCCCCAUCCUCGCA